AUGUCGGUACGCAGUGGCUCUCUAUUUUCUAUCCUCGUUCUUCUAUUCUCCGGCUUCAUCGUGCUCUGGCUGAACUAUGGACUACAGGACGCGAAGGCAACGAUUACAGACUGGGUCAACCCGGGUGACAAGUCGGGCGAGUUCAAAAGGCAACAGUCGUCAUUUCGCAAUUUCAUAUCCAAAGACCCUAAUGCAGAAUUUCCGGCCGAGAAAGGGAGAUACCACCUCUAUAUAUCUUAUGCAUGUCCUUGGGCUCACAGAACCCUGAUCGUGCGGAACUUGAAAGGUUUGGAAGACAUCAUCUCCUUCACCAGCGUACACUGGCACAUGGGCGACAAAGGCUGGCGCUUCGCCACGUCCGAUGAGAAAGUUGCCGGAGAGAACACGACUCCAGACCCCCUACACCCUGAGUUUACACACCUCCGAGACCUCUACUUCCACGCAGACAAGGACUACGCAGCCCGCUUCACGGUGCCGACCCUGUGGGACAAGAAAAAGGAAACGAUCGUGAGUAAUGAAUCCGCCGAGAUCAUCCGCAUGUUGUACACCGAGUUCGACGACCUCCUCCCCGAGAAAUACAAGAACGUCGACCUUUACCCAUCCGACCUGCGAAGCAAGAUCGACGACACCAACUCCUGGACAUACGACGACAUCAACAACGGCGUGUACAAAUCAGGAUUCGCGACGACACAGGACGCAUACGAGAAGAACGUAAUGCAACUGUUCAAGUCGCUUGACAGGGCGGAAGCCGAGCUCGCAAAGUCAAGCGGACCAUUUUACUUUGGCGAUAAACCCACCGAAGCGGAUGUGAGAUUAUACACGACCAUCGUGCGUUUCGACCCCGUGUAUGUUCAGCACUUCAAGUGCAAUAUCAGGGAUAUUCGGUCGGGGUACCCUCACCUGCACAAGUGGGUCAGGCAUUUGUAUUGGAAUGUACCUGCGUUCGGCGAGACGACUGAGUUUGAGCACAUCAAGAAACACUACACGAAGAGCCAUAAGCAGAUCAACCCGCAUUCAGUUACGCCUGUCGGGCCGCUGCCGGAUAUUUUGAAGCUGGACGAGGAGGUUCCUGCUGUUGGUGCGGCAAAGAGGUAG